AUGCACAAGGAGGCAGUGUCCUACACCCUGCGGAUUGAGGGGAAGCCUUACACCAUCCACCUGCAGCAGCAUGCCUUUCUAUCUGAUGAUUUCCAGACUUAUGUGGCCAGUGAGCAGGGAUCUUUGCACGCUGAUUCUGCCCACUCUGAGGGAGGCUGCCACUACUGGGGCUACAUUGAUGGCUUCCCCAGCUCAGCAGUGACCCUCAACACCUGCUCAGGGCUCAGGGGUUUGCUGCAGUUUGAGAACGUGAGCUACAGCAUCCAGCCCCUGGGCUACUCCCCUGCCUUCCAGCACGUGCUGUACCGAGCGGGUGAGGAGCAGAUGGCAGCAGCCCCCCCUGCCCAGAGCCCCCCUGAGGCAGGGCAGGGUGGGCUGGCAGCCUGGGACAGGCUGGACAAGGCCCCUGAGGAUGAUGAUGAUGAGCCCCUCUCGGCCACUGCACAGUCUCCCAAAUUCCUCACAGUGUAUGUAGUUUUGGACAAGGCUUUGUACAACUAUAUGGGAUCAGACCCGAAUGCUGCAACACAGAACGUAAUGCAGGCCUUCAAUUUAAUCAACAAUUACCACGGGAAUGUGACCCUGGAGUCCUUCUCUGUGCUGCUGGCACAGGUGCUGGGCCACAGCCUGGGCAUGAGCCCCGACAGCCCCCGAGGCUGCAGCUGCCCUGGACGGGUCUGCACCAUGAGCCCUGAGGCGCUAUAUUUCAGCGGGUCAAAAGCCUUCAGCAACUGCAGCAUCAGGGACUUUGAGUUCUUCCUGAAGCAGGGCAGAGGGGAUUGCCUUUUCAGCAGCCCCCGGCUGAGCCGCCAGUCCCGGCAGAGCGGCGCCGUGUGCGGCAACGGCGUGGUGGAGCCGGGCGAGCAGUGCGACUGUGGCACGGCACAGGAAUGCCAGAAGGACAGGUGUUGCGCUCCAAACUGUAGACUGAAGCCGAGAGCAAAAUGUGCCUCUGGAUUAUGUUGUAGAAAUUGUCAGUUCAAGUGGAGGAACACGCUGUGCCGCCCGGCCGCCGAUGCCCAGUGCGACCUGCCCGAGUUCUGCAGCGGCUCCUCGGCCUCCUGCCCGCCCGAUGUGUACGUGCAGGACGGGCAGGAGUGCUGGCGUGGCACCGGCUACUGCUACCAGGGACGCUGCCAGUCCCCAGACCUGCAGUGCAGGAGGAUCUACGGGACAGACUCCAAGAACGCUCCUGUGAUGUGCUACGAGGAGAUUAACGGGCAGCGGGACAGGUUCGGGCACUGCGGGUUCGAGCCCAACCACCAUUACCGGCGCUGUGUGUGGAGGGAUCUCAGGUGUGGGAAGUUAGUCUGCACAUAUCCCUCCCACAAGCCCUUCUUAGCACCUGCCACUGCUGUGAUGUACGCCCGGGUGAAGCAUCAUAUCUGUGUGACUCUGAACUACCUGAACGUGUCCACAUGGCUGGAUCCCCUUCUCGUCACUCCAGGGACAAAGUGUGGCUCUGGAAGGGUGUGUAUGAACGGCACAUGCCACCCAGUGUCGGUGCUGGGACCGAUCUGUGACAGCAACAAAAAGUGCCACGGCCACGGGGUGUGCAACAACAAGGGCAACUGCCACUGCAACAUGGGCUGGCAGCCCCCCGACUGCCAGUGGAGGGGGUCCCGCCAGGGCGGCAGCAUGGACAGCGGGCUGCAGUUCACAGAGGGAGGCCUGCAUCGAUCACUGGAUGAUGGUGACAUGGCCUGGCUGGUGCUGGGCUCCUGCCUCAUCCUGCUGUUGCUGACGGGGGCCCUGGGGCUCGGCCUGUGGCGGCAGCAGAUGCCCAGCCAGCGCCACGGGGAGCGGGCACUGGGCACCGAGGGGUGAGUGGGGCCCCAU